UAUCUUAUAGAUAAUUUAUCUGAAGGUAAGAAUUCAAUACAGAGUUCAAUGUGGGGAUGUAGUCCUGAAUACUGUCACAAGUACACAGCAAAAAACGCAGUUGAUGGAGACAUCAGUACAUGUACGAGAUCUGAAACGACUGGUACGACCUCUACAUACAAAACAGUAUGGUGGAGAGUAGACCUUGGCGACAUCAAGAGUAUCUACCGUAUCAGGAUACAGUUUAAAGACUAUGGACCACAAAGCUAUAAUCGCCAAAGAGGAAGACUGGCGGGGUUUUCGUUAUAUGUAUCUAAUACAACAAACAUACAGAACAGUUAUCUGUGUUACAAAGAUGGACCAGAAUUACCUCUGUUAGAUGUUACCCAUAUCUGUAUCAUUCAUGGACGAUAUGUAACAUAUAACAAUGAACGAAAUGGGGCAUCAUAUCCUGUCGGUUACGAGUAUACUAUCAUAACAGAGUUAUGUGAAGUUAAUGUGAUGGGCUGUCAAAAGGAUGGAUUUUAUGGUCAAAACUGUGAUCUUGCAUGCCCUCUUCACUGCCAGGACAGACGAUGUCAUAUAACAAAUGGAACUUGUCUUGGUUGUACAGCUGGCUGGAUUGGAGAUUUCUGUAACAAGACUUGCAUGGUUGGAUAUUAUGGUAUGGAGUGUAAAGCAAGGUGCACGGGACAGUGUUUUGGUGGUUCUUUCUGUAAUCAUAUAAGUGGAAAAUGCGAACAUGGAUGCGAAGAGGGAUGGAUGACACCCACUUGUGAUCAAC